UCUCAACUAUUUUACUAUCAUAGUUGUCUGAGAUGGUUAACGCGACUUUAUGAUUAACUUGAUCUUACUCAGUUUUGCUCAUUCUUUCUUCAAUACAGUAACGGUAAAUGUAUAAUGCACAAAAAUAUGUAAUACGGCAAAAAUGUGUCUCUGAGCUGCAGGGCGUUCCCAUUCGACAGGAGUGCCACGUCAAAGUGACGGAUGUAGCUAGGUGUACUCGAGGGGGGGUACCGUAGUCAAUACAAGAGUCACCGGUUAAACGCUGUCCGACCAAAUUGAUUCCUAGACACAGCGUUGAAGGUAAGCCUUUAUUAACUUCAACUGCUACUCACUUCGUUACAUUUUUAUCUAAUAGUCUAGUUAGACCAUUUUGUUUUUCAACCAGGGUUGUAGAAUAGCUACGAGGUUUCAAUUCUUGUCGCGCACCCAAUUGGUAGCGUGCUGUUGUGUAGGACCACAAAUGGGAUGAUGAUGAUAGUCAUUAUGUGUAGGUAGGUAAUAUCUGAUUUGGUUAGCUAACAUAACCGCAGCUUUAUGGAUAGAGAUGAUAGUGUAAGAUGUGUAGUAUUACGUUAGCUAGCUACUGUAGUAAUAGCCUGCUUGUACAUAGUUUUGGUGCAUCAAUGGGGGACUUAUUUAUCCAUUGUAUGUUAGAACAUUUCCCAUGUCGUGGUUUGUCUGAAAGCUGGGGAAAUGUUCUGUGAAGUUUAGUGUCAAUUACAUAACUUAAUAUUUGUGUCCCGAGUAUUUGGUUUUGCCCUGCUUAUUGCAGUAGACUAGGCUUCAAGCUAAAGCAAUGUUACGCCACUAUUGGUGUGCCAAGUUGACAGCUCAGCUCAUCUGCUGAUGUAAAUCAAAGGUGAAAUGGUCAAAUGGGCAUGUAGUCUAGUACAACAAGUCCCCGACUGGAAUGUCCUCAUAGAUGUCUGCUAAAUGGCAUAUUAUUAUUAUAUUAUUAAGUCACCUAGCUUUGCUUGACGAAACAUGGCAGGCACACCCAUGUCAUUAUAGUCCCAAAAAGAUCAUUGAUGUAGGUGUGUCUGUUCACCAUAUUUAUGACAAAUUCAGAUUGUGAAACGUCUUCUCUUUUUAGUCAUUAAGCUAGUGUUGAACCAGCAUCUGUUUUCUUUUUAGGGCUAGUGUAUUCCAAUGAUGCUGCACCAGUGCUUCCUAAUUCCUAAUACCUAUCUGAUGUGAUCCUGACACUCAAAAUCAUUUUCCAUUGUAUUGGGUGUGGUAGUUUUCAGAGGAGAUUUGAGUAAUGUGAUCAUCGUGACUGUGUAGGCUAGGUAAAUAUCCCUGACACUUACAACACGUUCCUGUUCUCUUCUUUUCUGGGUGUGGUAGGUCGAUUCCCUAGAGGAGAUUCUUCAAGCUUAGCCAAGCAGUGUGAUCAUCGUCAUGGAGAGCACCAGAAGCAGACUGACCCAGAGGUUGGCUGAAGCCGGCCAGUCUCACCUCCUGCAGUUCUGGGACGAGCUGACCCCUGAGCAGCAGGCCAAGAUGACCUCUGACCUGGAAGCUAUGGACUUCCAGGAGAUCAACAGGUUCUUCCGCAGUGCCAUGGAGGUGUCGGGCAGCAGCAAGCAGGAGAAGAUGGACGCCCGCAUGGAGCCAGUGCCCAGGGAGGUGUUGGGUAGUGUGACCAGGGACAGAGACCGCCUCAAGGACUGGGAGGAGGAGGGUGAGUCGUCUGGUACAGGGGUUCCCAAAUGGUGGAUUGGUUGGGACCAGACCAGAGUCAAAUCCAUAUGUCAAAUACUUUUAAAGUAUUUUAGGUGUGCUUGAUUUAGCUUGGAGUUUACGGUUUUGGUAAAGUCGGGCACAAUGAUGCAUGCAUUUCAGUCACAAUAGUGCAUCUCUGCCACAAAGCCUAAAGCAGGUUCUAUUGAUCAAUUUAAAAUGGGGGCUAAUUUAAUUCAACUGAUUGAAUUCCACUGGUUUUCAACAUCAUUGAUUAUUUUACAUGCGACCAGGAAGUGAAACGGGCAGAUAGGGAAAUCUCAUCAGGCUUUAUGGUGUGCAGUAUAAUGUUAUAUAGUAGGUGUCUUCUGCCUAGUGUUACAUUCUAGACUAGUCGUGCAGUGUGUGUGCAUGCGUGCAGUGCGUGUGUUUGUGUGUGUGUCUGUUGUCUCAGUUGCGCGAGGGCAUAAACUGAGGUCAAACAUUAUGGCCUUUUCUCAACUGGAUUUGCUCAACUGCUGCGUCCUUGCUCCUUCGUCUUCUCUCGCCUCCUUUUGAAAAAGGUAAUGGGUAAUCGAGGAGAGGCGGCAUGGAGAGAGAACGUGGACCAAAAUGUGUUUGUAUGAAAUUAGACUCGUUUUCCAAUUGCGCGUCAUCAGGCAAAUUAUGUUUACAGGGGUGCAUCCCAAAAUAAAUGUAAUUUAUAAAUAACAAAUGAAGUUAGUUGUGCAAGACAUUUUAUAGAUAAAACGCUAAGUAAUAUAUUGUGUGCAUGCUUUUCUCCUCCAACAAAACAAAAGCUGUUUCAAAGGGGGUGUGGCAGAUUUCAAAACUCUUCCGCGAAGGGCUCCGGUAGGAUACACAUAACUAUCCUCGAUGAAACGUGGAUAUUGAAGAGGGGAGGACACUCUUCACUUAGCCUACUAACGAAGUGAUAUCUCAUUGACCACUUAUCAGUUUCCGGGUCACGGAGGAGAUAGGGUGGAGGACAGACUUUUGCCCAAAUGAGUAAAGGCCUAUGCAAUACAAUUUCCUCCAACCAAGCAGGGCUACUGAAACUAACCUGUCCAACAUGUCCCUGGUAACCCCCUUCAAACAGCACAGUGACAGGCAGCAGCAAGGAUAAUUUACUGUGAUCAGGUAAUGGCAACUCUGAGGGGGUUAAACAAGACCUGGCAACACUUACAUGACUUGGCAACCUUAAGGGUUAGGGGGUAAACCAUGAUGUCUUGUGAUGUUGAAAUAGCUAAAUGGGGUACCUGGCUUGUAUUUUGCAAAUCAAUGUCAGUGAGUUAGCCAUCUAAUGACAAACACUCAGAUAUAGCCUUAUAACUCUUAACACUCUGAUUCAUAAAGAAAGCAGAAUGUGGGUUUAUUGAGAACAUGAAGUCAGUCACACUGUUACCAUUCCCAGUUUCUCUUUCUUCAUUAUCAAAGAAAUAUGGAGUUGUUUGAGAAGGUUAACUUCUCAAACAACAAGGGGAUAGUCUAUUUGUCAAAUGGACUAGCCCCUUGGAGUAAAAGCUCAAUGUUUAGCAGUCCUGAGCUGCAGCUGAGGAGGUCCAGCCUGAGGGAUGAAGGAGGAGAGGAGGGGAGAAGCAAGGGAUAUCUGUUUCUGGCUUUGGCCUGACAUAAAUGGGGUACUGCUCACUGCACCCUCACUCAUGAGGUCAUCCUGCUCUGCGUCAGUUCUUAAUCAUGUGUGGUGUGUCAGAGCAGCCAACAUCUACAGCAGCAAACUAAGGACACAUAAACCCAGGGUGUAUGUGUGUCAGGAUAGCCAAAGCCUACAAUGGCACCUCCCGCUCCCAGUCCAUUCUCAAUGGCUCAGGAAUGUGAGUGCACAUGUGUGUGUAUUUGUGGACUAAUCACAGACUCGUAUAGCAACAGUUUAUGUAAGUUAAGGUAGAGCUGUAUAAUAAGGAUGUUGUUGACCUGGUACACUAUAUAUACAAAAGUAUGUGGACACCCCAUCAAAUUAGUGGAUUCGGCUAUAUCAGCCACACCCGUUGCUGACCGGUGUAUAAAAUCGAGCACACCGCCAUGCAAUCUCCAUAGACAAACAUUAGCAGUAGAAUGGCCUUACUGAAGAGCUCAGUGACUUUCAACGUGGCACCGUCAUAGAAUGCCACCUUUCCAACAAGUCAGUUUGUCAAAUUUCUGCCCUGCUCGAGCUGCCCCGGUCAACAGUAAGUGCUGUUGUUGUGAAGUGGAAACGUCUAGGACAGGGGUGUCAAACUCAUUUUAGCUCAGGGGCCACAUGGAGGAAAAUCUAUUCCCAAGUGGGCCGGACCGGAAAAAUCAUGGUAUAUAUAACUUAAAAACAACAACUUCAGAUUGUUUUCUUUGUUUUAAUACGAUCAACAUACAACAUAAAGCUGGAGCCUGAGGACAGUGUGUCCAAAAUAGUACAAGCACAACAUCACUAUUAAUCAUAAAACACGUCAAGUUUAUUUGAAAAUUCUAAAGAAAAAGAACACAAACACACAAUGCCUCAGUGAUUAACAGAACUGUUUCACAGAUCACAGAACUAUAUCAGGGGGUCAUUUCUCAGGCAGAAAUGUAGAUAAAAAGAAUGAAAUCCUGUUCCCCAAACAAGUGCAAGAACCACAGAGUCAAGAAUAGGUUAAAUAUACAAAUAAAAUAAAAUCAAUUAAAAACAAUAGCACAUCAACAUAAAAACAUAUAAACAUAAAGCUGGAGCCUGAGGACAGUGUGUCCAAAAGCACAACAUCACUAUUAAUCAUAAAACACCUCAAGUUAUUUGAAAGUUCUGAGGACAAAGAACACACAAACACACAAUGCCUCAGUGAUUCACAGAAGUAUAUCACAGAUCACAGAACUAUAUCAGGGUGUCUCAUGUAGCACUUUAAGUGGGGUUGCAUAGUUUAUUUGACUCCUGAUACCUGGCAUCUUUUAGCUUUCACCAGCGCAUCAAUAUCAGGCGUCACAUCCUGAGUGGCAGCCAACUUCAGGAUGUGAUUCAAGUGCUUGUGCGUGAGCCUUGAGCGCAGCUUUGUUUUAUUUAUGCUCAUGACAGAGAGAACUUGCUCACAAAGAUAUGUGGUUCCAAACAUGCACAACAGUUUUGCAGCGAGGGCUGUCAAGUUGGGGUAACCUGGCAAGAUAUUCUGAUUAAAUGUGUCCAAGCCAGCUGCGGCAAAUUUGCCCUUCAAAUCCGAGUCACACUGCAAGUCUAUUAUUUCAAGUUGGAUGCUGACGGGCAGAUCAGAGGGAUUCACGGUGAAUGGCGAGCAAAAAACGUUGAAGUCUUUCUCCAGUUCACCAAAAAUCUGAAAGCGUUGCUCAAACUCCCGUAACAGUCCCGUUAUUUUAUCUUUGAACCGCUUCAUGUCUGCCACAUGUUGGGUCGCGCACACAUUUUUCAGACAGGGGAAGUGAGCUGCAUCACCACCGGCGAGUUGCGUCUCCCACAAUGACAGCUUCAACUUGAAAGAACGUAUGCUGUCAUAAUACUGCGUGACAACUUUGUUGCGCCCUUGCAGCUGUUUGUUCAAGUUAUUCAGGUGCUCUGUAACAUCCACCAUAAAUGCAAGGUCCUGCAUCCAUUCUGCGGAAUGGAAUUCUAACACUGUUCAAUUUCUUCUCGUAAAUCAAAGAAACGCCUCAGCACCUCGGCUUAACCAUCUUACCUCAGUGUGGUAUGGCAGGCCAUAGAUGUGGUCUUUCUCUCUGAGAAGGCUGUCAAACUGACGGUGAUUCAGGCUUCUGGAUCGGAUGAAAUUAACAGUUUGGAUGACCACCUUCAUGACGUUAUCCAUCUUUAAUGACUUGCAACACAAAGCCUCCUGGUGCAAAAUACAGUGAAAAGUCAAAAAAUCACGUCCUCCAUUUGCAGAUUGCACUUUCUCUCUGAACUUUGUCACAACGCCUGCUUUUUUCCCGAUCAUUGAGGGCGCACCAUCUGUAGCCAGGCUGACAGCGCGGGACCAGUCCACUCCGACCCUGUCCAGCGCGCCGACGAGUGCGGUAAAAAUAUCAGCUGCUGUCGUUGUAUCUGUCAACGGCACCAACUCCACGAACUCCUCGGUGACGGUCAAUGUGUCAUCAACUCCGCGGAUGAAAAUGGCCAGUUGUGCAACAUCUGUAAUGUCCGUGCUUUCAUCAAUUGCAACCGAAAACGCAAUAAAUUACUUUACUUUUUGCUUCAACUGGCUGUCCAAAUCCACUGAAAGAUCGGAAAUCCUGUCUGCAACUGUGUUUCUUGUCAGGCUGAUAUUUGCAAAACCCUGCCGCUUUUCAGGGCACACAAUCUCCGCUGCCUUCAUCAUGCAUGUUUUUACAAAUUCACCCUCACUAAAUGGUUUUGAAGCCACUGCGAUUUCAUUAGCAAUGAGGUAGCUAGCUUUCACUGCAGCGUCACUGAUGUCUCGGCUGUGAGUAAACACAGACUUGACCUACUUGCUCUGCCCCGGUAUAAACAGUUUGCUUGCUUAACACAAUUGCUAUUGCGCCAUCCAGUGGACGCAAUUGGAACAGCAGUUUAUUGAAAAAUUGCAGCGCAUUUUUAGACUUUACAAAAUCAUCUCGCGGGCCGGAUUAAACCCGUUUGCGGGCCUGAUCCGGCCCGUGGGCCGGACGUUUGACACCCCUGGUCUAGGAGCAACAACGGCUCAGCCAGGAAGUAGUAGGCCACACAAGCUCACAGAACGGGUCCGCCGAGUGCUGUAGCGGUUGCAACACUCACUACCGAGUUCCAAACUGCCUCAGGAAGCAACGUCAGCACAAUAACUGUUCGUCUAAGAUCACCAUGCGCAAUGCCAAACAUCGGCUGGAGUGGUGUAAUGCUCGCCGCCAUUGGACUCUGGAGAAGUGGAAAUGCGUUCUCUGGAGUGAUGAAUCACGCUUUACUAUCUGGCAGACCGACGGAAGAAUCUCAGUUUGGCUGAUGCCAGGAGAACGCUACCUGCCACAAUGCAUAGUGCCAACUGUAAAGUUUGGUGGAGGUGGAAUAAUGGUCUGGGACUGUUUUUCAUGGUUCAGGCUAGACUCCUUAGUUCCAGUGAAGGGAAAUCUUAACGCUAUAGUGUACAGUGACAUUCUAGAAGAUUCUGUGCUUCCAACUUUGUGGCAACAGUUUGGGGAAGGCCCUUUCCUGUUUCAGCAUGACAAUGCCCCCGUGCACAAAGCGAGGUCCAUACAGAAAUGGUUUGUCAAGAUCGGUGUGGAAGAACUUGGCUGGCCUGCUCAGAGCCCUGACCUCAACCCCAUCGAACACCUUUGGGAUGAAUUGGAACAGCGACUGCGAGCCAGACCUAAUUGCCCAACAUCAGUGCCCGACCUCACUAAUGCUCUUGUGGCUGAAUGGAAGCAAGUCCCCACAGCAGUGUUCCAACAUCUAGUGGAAAGCCUUCCCAGAAGAGUGGUGGCUGUUAUAGCAGCUAAGGGGGGACCAACUCCAUAUUAAUGCCCAUGAUUUUGGAAUGAGAUGUUUAGAUCGUGAAGUUGAAUGUAAUUGAACUAUGGGUUAUUGGGUUAUCCUGCUGUUUCACCUGCAAUUAUUAUAUCAGGUCACCUUGCAAAGGUAGAUUAUACUUUAGCCAUAAAAAGUUGAUUAGUGUUCUUUAGUUUUGUCAAACAUCACGAGUAUUUUUUGGUUUUAGUUAUAUUGCUUGAAUAAGCUGUAUUGUUUGUACCAUAUUUACAUUUUGUAAAAUCAAUUAUGGUCUCAUACAUUAGCUGUUAUUCUCUCAUCCCCUCUCUUAGGUCUGCGGUGUAUUUCCCAGAGCAAGGUGGCUGUUCUUCUGCUAGCGGGGGGCCAAGGGACCCGGCUUGGGGUGUCCUACCCAAAAGGCAUGUAUGAUGUGGGUCUGCCUUCCCACAAGACCCUGUUCCAGAUCCAGGCAGAGAGGAUACUGAGGCUUCAACAGCUGGCAGAACAGAGACACGGAGCCAAGUGCGGCAUCCCCUGGUGAGACUGGGACUGGCAGCUAAGGGCAUAAUGAUACACCAUAGGGGUUACACAGCACAUAACAUGCAGCUAGUGAUGAGCGAUUAGUGCUCUUUGAGGUCGUUUCGUUUUGGUUUGAAUAUUACAUUUGUUUUAGGCCUAUUUGAUGACUUUAUUAUUUCAUUCCAAGUCAUCUCUAUAGAGCUGCUGCCUAUGCUGUCUGACAAAAUCACUAUUUUAGUAGUUAUUUAAAUUAAAUAAGGCAUACUUUUAUGACUGCUGAAUAACAACUAUCAAUCUUAGAUCAUGUAUUUUCACGUAGAGAUACCUCACGAAGCAACUGCUCUCAACCGCGUGUUGUUCUGCCUCUUCUCUCCGUCUGAGACCGGACAAGGAGGCGUGCAAUGGAUUAUGGUCAUUGUAGUUAAUGACCACGUUUUCUGCGCUAAACUAUGUAGACUAUUGGCCUGUUGGAAAAGGGGUUGGAGGGGGGGAGGGGGGGGGGGGGGGGGGGGGGGGGGGGGGUACUAAGCAAACAUUGAAUUGUUUUAAGAUGGUCAUACCAUGGAUCAUUUAGCGAUUUCAUUUUGAAUUUUAGGACCCCUUUAGGUAACAAAAAUAAAAUAUUGAAUUUGGCCUUUACUACUAUAGCCCACAGAAACGCAUUGAAUAACACAUUCAUAAAAAGCAAAGAAGACAGUAAAAAAAGUAAUCAUAAGGAAUAAGGUUUUGACGUGUCUGUCCUAUAUCUGAGAGAGAUAUAUAUAUUUAUUUUUUUACACAUUUAACCCCAUAUGUUUUGGGGCACAAAACUACCUCCAUAUUUCCAUUUGUUUGUAUGGGUUAACUUCAGACGAGUCCCGUGACAUUUGUGGGGGUCGUAGAUCAAAAUGGAGAACACCAUUGUGAUAGUUUUGUAGGCCAAACCGUUCGGACACUGCAGACCUUUUGGAUUUUAGGGAUGUCUCAUGGUUGUACAAACACCGCUGUAGCUCGGCCACCUUCCACCGCAGAUGUAGAAGGCUGACAUAGGCGGAUGCAGUGGAUUGAGACGCAGCCCACGCAAAAAAACAUAUCUCUAGUUGUUGGGGAUUUUUUAAAAUUACAUUACUUUGAUUGACGCAAUGGUGCGUCAAUAGACUCUUAAUGAUUUAAGAAACGAAAAAUAACCGACAUUUCAGUUUAUCGCUCAGCACUACAGCAAGCUGACCACAGACCACUGUUUCUCAAUCCAUUCCUGAGGGACCCAUUUUUGUUUUAGCCCAGUUUGUGAAAUCACAAACAAACCAUACAACCCUGUUAUUGUAUCAAAGAUAUAUGUUUUUAUGUUCCCCCUCUCAGUUCUCUGAUUAUUAACUACACCUACAUAUUGCUGCCACUCCCCUGUAUCAAUCAAGGAAGUGGUUUGAUCCCAGAAAGGAGCAGUAUUAUACAGUGCCUAUAGAAAGCAAGUGGACCAAAACCGCUGUUUGAAGCUGGUGAACAAAAACCGAAAGUAACUUUCGUGUGUAGAAUUUUAGCAACCAAGAUGAGACAGAGAUUUCCACUAGAUAACACAGCCACAAAGUCAGAACAGUUUUCCCAGUUUGGGAACAGUUGCUGCUCCGGCAGGAGAAAUCAAUAGGCGUAUAUCAAAGCACUGGCAGGUAAGUAAUACUGUGAAACCCUAUCAUUGUACUAUUAGCGCCAGAUACAUUAUGGACAUUUUCUGAAAUUACAAUGCAAACAUUUUUUUUAAAUACUAUGUGUAGCACCUUUAAGUCAAAACUGUAAUUUGGCCACUCAGGAGCAGUGUCUGUCUUCUUGUUAAGCAACUCCAGUGUAGAUUUGGCUUUUUGUUUGAGGUUAUUGUCCUACUGAAAGGUGAUUUUCUCUUCCAGUGUCUGGUGUAAAGCAGACUGAAGCAGGUUUUCCUAUAGGAUAUUGCCUGUGCUUGCCCCAACCAGUUUCUUUUCAUCCUGUAAAGCAGACUGAAGCAGGUUUUCCUAUAGGAUAUUGCCUGUGCUUGCUCCAUCCUGUUUAUUUUCAUCCUGAAAAACUCCCCAGUCUUUGCUGAUGUCAAGUAUACCCAUACUAUGAUGCUGCCACCACCAUGCUUGUAAAUAAGGAAGCAGUUGCUCAGUGUUGUGUUGGAUUUGCCCCAAACAUUCGACUUCGCAUUUAGGCCAAAAAGUGUAUUUCUUUGCCGCAUUACUUUUGUGCUUUUGUUGCAUGCUUUGGAAUAUUUCUAUUCUGUAUAUAUUUUUUUAUUCUUCUUUUCACUGUCAUUAUUGUCAAAUUAAAUCAAAUCAAAUUUUAUUUGUCUCAUGAGCUGAAUACAACAGGUGUAGACUUUAAUGUGAAAAAUGUACAAAAAAGGAAUUUGUAACAAUUAAAUAUCAAUAACAAGACUAUACAAGGAGUACCGGUACCGAGUCAGUGUGCAGGGGUACGAGGUAUUGUGGAGUCACUACAAUGUUGUUGAUCCAUCUUCAGUUUUCUCCCAUCAUAGCCAUUGAACUCUGUAGCUGUUUUAAAAUCACCAAUGGCCCCAUGGUUACAUCCCUAAGCAGUUUCCUUCCUGUCCUGCAGCUCAGUUCAAAAGGACGACUGCAUCUUUGAUGUGUCUGGGUGGUUUAAGACAUCAUACACAGCAUAGUUAUUAACUUGACCAUGGUUAAAUAUAUAUUCAAUAUCUGAUUUGUUUUUGUUACCCAUCUACCAAUUCCUGCCCUUAUUUUAUGAGGCUUUCGAAAAGCUCCCUGGUCUUUGUAGUUGAAUCUGUGCUUGAAAUUCAAUACUUGACUGAGGGACCUUACAGAUGUACUGUAUGUAUGGGGGACAGAGGAAGGGGUAAUUAUUCAAAAAUGUCAACCCCUAUUAUUUCACACAGUGAGUCCAUAUAACUUAUUAUGUGAUUUGUUAAGCCAGGGGGUGAAUACUUAUGCAACGACUAUAUUUUAGUUCAUUUUAAUUAAUUUGUAAAUAUUUGUAGAAUUUUCUUUUCACUUUGAGAUUAUGGAUUAUUUUUUGUUGAUCAGUCACAAAAUAUUACAAUUAAAUCUAUUUCAAUCCCAAUUUGUAAUGCAACAAACUGUGAAAAAAGUUAUAGGGGGUGUAUACUUUCUAUAGGCACUGUAAAUCUCUAUGGAGUAGAUGAAGGGAGUCAUGGCCCCGUGUAGCUAGGUUGGUAGAGCAUGGCGUUUGCAACGCCAUGGUUGUGGGUUCGAUUCCCACGGGGGGCCAGUAUGAAUUUUUUUUAAUAAAUCACUAACUGUAAGUCGCUCUGGAUAAGAGCGUCUGCUAAAUGACUAAAAUGUAAAUGUAAUUAAGACUAUUCAGAAGUGGGUUGACAGGAAGGAGACAUGUCUAGCUGGCAUCCCGUGUUUGGGGCAGGGCUCUCUGUAAUUAAUAUCAGGGGUCAUGACUAAGAGCUCACCAUGAGAUGCCAGAUGCCAUCCAGUCAUAAGGAAGUACUUCUGGUUUUGUGUCUUGUGAUGGGUUGUUCCCACCAUGUCUUUUUAACUUUAGUCAGAUCUGAGCAUUCAGCUGUUAAAAUUCAUCUGGAUUAAAUUGUUUGCCAGAUAAUGUGCAUUAUGAAUAACCUUUCUGGAAUCUUCGUAAAAUGAGAGAGGAGAGGUUUCCAAUCUUAUGAAACGUAUAAGUCAUUGAUGCAGUGAAUCACAGUGAAAAGUCAAAAACAUUGUUUAAAAAAAACAAAUGAAUCACUGUCUUGAGAGUUCGAGAGCUUGGGACUAUACUGUUCUAUCUGCAGUUUUGUCCAAAUUGAGUUAUUGACAUAGCCUUGUUCUGCUCAAUGUUCUCUACCUACAGUAUAUAGUACUCUAAAUGCCCCAAUUCAUGUUAAAUUCAAAAGAAUACUAGAUAAAAAUUGCUGACUCCAUUCAAACCAAUGAGGGUUCGGAACUUUAAAGCCAAUUAUCUCAGAAUCAUCUUUUUGCAGAUGGAACCAAGCUCUCGAUUUGUAUUAGCCUUGAAUCAAACCAAAUGUAUUAUCCCAUUCCCCCUGCACAUAAUGACCAGUGAAUGAAUGAAUCAAAAAAUUAAUAAUAAGUGAAUUUCUCCCUAGGUACAUCAUGACAAGCGGCCGGACCAUGGAGUCGACUAAAGAGUUCUUUUCGCGCCACAGCUACUUUGGGCUGGGCAAAGACAACGUGAUCUUCUUCCAGCAGGGCAUGUUGCCUGCCAUGGACUACAACGGCAAGAUCAUCCUGGAGAGCAAAGCCAAGCUGGCCAUGGCCCCAGGUACACAACAUAACUUAAUCUGUGUUUGAGUGUGUGCGUACAUCUCUGUGUAUUUUAGAUGAUAACGGGUCUACUGAUGUGUGUGUCUGUAUUUCAGAUGGUAACGGGGGUCUGUACAGAGCUCUGGGUACUCAGGGGAUCGUGGAGGACAUGGAACGGAGGAGGAUCGGGUUCAUCCAUGUGUACUGUGUGGACAACAUACUGGUUAAAGUAGCAGACCCUGCCUUUGUCGGCUUCUGUGUCCAGAAAGGAGGAGACUGUGGGGCUAAGGUUUGUAGCUCUCUGUCUCUUUCUCACUGGAAGUUUCUCUCGGCCAGCUCUCUAUUGCGGUCUCUCGCUGUCUCUCUGCCCUCUUCUGUCUCUCACAAUGUGGCCAAAUGUGACUCAUGAGGUCACCCGAUGUGUUCCAAUACUCUUAAAUGACUUCCUUCCUUCUCUAGUCAGGUCCUAUCUCAGUAGCUUAAAGUGUUUUCCUCUCCUGGUCUCUCCCUCUAAGCCAAUGUUCACAAAGGCUUUGAGCUGAAAGCAGUAUGGUUGGUCACUCUGGAAUGAGAAGGAAGUUAUUGAAAUUAAUUUAGACUCUGACGAUGUGCGUCAUCAUCCAGUCCUUGAUCUGCUGGUGGUUCAGGUCCUGUUGUGCAAUACCAGACCAGGAAGUAGUAUUGAAACAUGAAACUGUGUUCAGUAAAUGUGUGUUUGGAUAAGAGGGUGUGACUGAGGGGAUUCGAUUAAACUGGCCCGGGUGGCAGUUUGCACCUGGUGAAAAGUGAUUGUAUUCGUUUUGGAACCUGGCUGCCUCCCUGGCAUGAGCCAGGCGCCCUGCUCUGGCCAACGGUGAAGUCAGCUAAAAACAAAAGUGAUGUAGGUUAAUUAAGCAUGUGGAGUAACGAGUAUUAUUCUGUUUUCACAUGCAAAGUGUUUGCUUUUGAUUUAAAAUGCUUUGCCUGCCUUCCCACUGAAAACUAGUUCGAAAAUUCUAACAUAUUUUAUGGAGAGAUGUGUUUUCUGAACGAUGCCUCAUGCUUCCUUAUUGACAGUAUGACCGAGCAGCGCAUAUUCUAUUACUGUUCAAUUUUAGCAGGGUGUGCCUCUUUCACCGGACACGUGACAGGCCAUAGCGCGGUGAACCCACAGAGUGUCUAAAUCCAGAAGCGCAACAUAGCGAGACUUCGGAGAACGCAUGCGCUUAGCUAGCGUACAAGUGUGAUCGGGGAUUUCUAUUGGAAAAGCAGUUUUAGCCCAUCUUCAUACUGUACUGUCUUCGAUGAGACAUUGAAAACUGCCUUGGCACGACUUCUCCUCUAUAAAGAACUGCACUUCUUCUAGUUCACCAAAAGGUGGGGGUGUAGACUGCCAUCACCCAGAAGGAGUUAAGCAGCAGGCAUUUCUUCACAUACAGGGUUCAAAUCAAGACGAAUUUCGGCCAACUUUAACAUCCCGCCAACUUUUCUUUGUAUAUGAAAGGUAUGGCCGGCGACAAAGCCUCUACUUUUCCUUCCGCCAUCUGACCUAGUCAUGAUUGCGGUAAAGUUCUACCUACGGCUUAAAGACAAUUUUACUUGCUCUGGAAAUGUGAUUAGGAGGCUCCCUAUGGAGGGUGUGACUCAAUUGCGGAGCCUCCAGAGGCUUGGAGCGGCCAACUCGAGCGCCAUACCGAAUCGCUGUGUGCCUCCCAAAUUGUGUAACAAUGUGGUGGAGUACUCUGUAUAGCCCCGCAUUGACAGGAUUGGUUGACGGUAGGGGCGGGAGGUCCUGUAUAAACAAACUCAGUUCCUUUACUAUUUCCUUCACAGCUGCUCUGCUCCGCUAAGCGCAAGAAGUAUAAAUGCACUACUAUCAGUGGCGAUUUUAGCAUGUCAAUCUUGGUAGGGCAAAAAAACAAACACAUGUGGGAUGCAUGCCAGCAAAGCCACUACACAACACAACACUAAACAAUACAUUAAUUGCACUAUAACGGUGACAAACGGUGCCCACAAACUGUUAGGGCCUACAUAAAGCUGUCCCAACAUCUUACCACUGCUACACCUGGCUAUCAGCGCAGCCUUGUCUGGCAGCGAAACAGUUCAUUCAGCCUCAUUUACUGCCUUAAAAAAACCAUAGCUGAUAUGGCUGACUUGCUUAAACAAAUGUGGUUUCUACAGACAAUUGAGGAUGUACAAACUAUGGCAUAAGGGGAUGACAAGCGGAUAAGAGGUAAUCAGUCAUUUCUAUUAGGAUAUUAAUGAGCGAGCUAGGACGGACGUAGUCAAUAUAACUAUUUGUUCAGCACUUUUGAAAUGUACAAUGGGCCGUUCUUACAGUGUUCUCCCUGUACACCAAGUCAGAACUGUAGGAUAAAUAAAGGGGGCAUAUAAGCAGACAAUGAAAGCUCUUACGAUAUUCAAUGAUUACAUUUCUCUAAAACAGGUUAGGCCACAUGUGCACCACCAAGUCAGAACAGUAGGUGAAAUUAAGAGGGGAAAAUAUACCAAAUUAUUAGGGUGAGGCACAUGGGCUACUAACAGCUUACUACACAACAUACACUUAGUAUUACUUUCUUAGUUACAGUAUACAUAUCUCCCUGGAUUUAUAAAAAAUUGAUAUCCACCCACAUUGGCCCACAUCUACUCCCACUCCUAAAUUGCCAGUAUGUGCACGGGAGAUAUAAAAUUAUUAUCACAGCAACAAUGUUGUAAAAAUAGGAAUGUAUGAAUUGGGCUCUAAAAAAACAUUGGCUGAUCUUUAAAAAAAAUAUGUUUUGAUUAUUUAUUAUACCGUAAAGUCUGUCUGUAAAGGGUUCCGCCUAGAGCCAAGGUCUGAGCAGAGGAGUUUUUAAGCUAGACAAAUGAUAGGCUAUUCCUCUUAAAAACACUUCCAGGGAGUCUCAUUCAUUGCUACUUCAAGUAAUCUCACUGUACAUUGAUUGGUUUGAUGACUGAGAUUAUAAGACAAUUUGACUAAAACAAACACUAAAGAAUAAAAAUACAGUGGCUUGCUAAAGUAUUCACCCCUUUGGCAUUUUUCCUAUUUUGCUGCCUUACAACUUGGAAUUAAAAUGUAUUUUGGGAGGGUUUGUAUCAUUUGAUUUACACAACAUGCCUACCACUUUGAAGAUGCAAACAAACAAGAAAUAAGACAAAAAAACAGAACUUGAACGUGCAUAACUUUUCACCCCCCCAGAGCCACCUUUUGCAGCAAUUACAGCUGCAAGUCUCUUGGGGUACGUCUCUAUAAGCUUGGCACAUCUAGCCACUAGGAUGUUUGCCCAUUCUUCAAGGCAAAACUGCUCCAGCUCCUUCAAGUUGGAUGGGUUCCGCUGGUGUACAGCAAUCUAUAAGUCAUACCACAGAUUCUCAAUUGGAUUGAGGUCUGGUCUUUGACUAGGCCAUUCCAAGACAUUUCAAUGUUUCCCCUUAAACCACUUGUGUGUUGCUUUAGCAGUAUGCUUAGGGUCAUUGUCCUGCUGGAAGGUGAACCUCCAUCCCAGUCUCAAAUCUCUGGAAGACUGAAACAGGUUUCCCUCAACAAUUUCACUGUAUUUAGCGCCACCCAUCAUUCCUUCAAUUCUGACCAGUUUCCCAGUCCCUGCCGAUGGAAAAACAUCCCCACAGCAUGAUGCUGCCACCACCAUGCUUCACUGUGGGGAUGGUGUUCUCGGGGUGAUGAGAGGUGUUGGGUUUGCGCCAGACAUAGUGUUUUCCUUGAUGGCCAAAAAGCUCAAUUUUAGUCUCAUCUGACCAGAGUACCUUCUUCCAUAUGUUUGGGGAGUGUCCCACAUGCCUUUUGGCGAACACCAAACGUGUUUGCUUAUUUUUUUCUUUAAGCAAUGGCUUUUUUCUGGCCUCUCUUCCGUAAAGCCCAGCUCUGUGGAGUGGACGGCUUAAAGUGGUCCAAUGGACAGAUACUCCAAUCUCCGCUGUGGAGCUUUGCAGCUCCUUCAGGGUUAACUUUGGUCUCUUUGUUGCCUCUGAUUAAUGCCCUCCUUGCCUUGUCUGUGAGUUUUGGUGGGCGGCCCUCUCUUGGCAGGUUUGUUGUGGUGUCAUAUUCUUUCCAUUUUUUAAUAAUGGAUUUAAUGGUGCUCCGUGGGAUGUGCAAAGUUUCGGAUGUUUUUUUAUAACCCAACCCUGAUCUGUACUUCUCCACAACUUUGUCCCUGACCUGUUUGGAGAGCUCCUUGGUCUUCAUGGUGCGCUUGCUUGGUGGUGCCCCUUGCUUAGUGGUGUUGCAGACUCUGGAGCCUUUCAGAACAGGUGUAAUAUACUGAGAUCAUGUGACAGAUCAUGUGACACUUAAAUUGCACACAGGUAGACUUUAUUUAACUAAUUAUGUGACUUCUGAAGGUAAUUGGUUGCGCCAGAUCUUAUUUAGGGGCUUCAUAGCAACGGGGGUGUAUACAUAUGCACGCACCACUUUUCUGUUAUUUAUUUUUUUGAAUUUUUUGAAACAAGUUUUUUUUUUUCAUUUCACUUCACCAAUUUGGACUAUUUUGUGUAUGUCCAUUACAUGAAAUCCACAUAAAAAUCCAUUUAAAUUACAGGUUGUAAUGCAACAAAAUAGGAAAAACGCCAAGGGGGAUGAAUACUUUUGCAAGGCACUGUAACUGCUGCCACUAUAUGAAGUGAUACUGGCCUUUACUGCCUCAUUAUGAACAGUGAGGGAACCACACAGCCCUCCAACACAGAGAAGGCUUGGACCACUCAGCCUAUAGUAUCACAUAUCACAAGCCUGAUGUAUGAAUCUGUUUUUUCUACACAAUGAGUUUGGACACGGUGUACUAUUUUUGAGAGGGAAGAAAACUUUACAGGGAGCAGUGGUUAAAUAGGAAACUUAACUGGUUUCUUCUCAGGAAAGCUACGUUGGUUACAAUGUGUGUUUAACUAGCGUGGCAGUGCAAGGUACUUAUUUAUAUAACUAUUAAAAAUGUUUCUUGUUUUUUUACUUUCAUCUUCCGAUGUUGGUGAGGUCUGACAUUGGCUAGCGUUCAGCGUUACAGCACCCCUACCACGCGAACACACACGCGUCUGUGUGAAGUCAGUGUGCAUGAGUACUGUGAGGAGGAUAGAAGUAGUAAGACUAAACUUGGGAGGAAAGUCUUCCAUCCAUGCAGCACUAGAGCAGAGAUUGGGACCUAGCUGUUAUAUUAUCCAUUUCAUCCUUCUGGUAGCAGCUAUGUGAUGUCUGUAACACCCUCUGAUCACUGUCUCAGAGCUGCUACUCAAACACACACACAGGAAUGUUUUGGCUGGCUGGUCCCCAUUCGACACCCUUUAGACUAGAAGCUGCUAUAACCCUUCGUUAGUGUGCACUUUCUUCACAUGAGUGGACACUCCCUUCUCACCCUACCCCUCACCCCUGCACUCCCCCUCACCUCCUCCCCAUCUCCCUUAGUUCGUUAUUAGUGACAGGCCUGCUCCUGUUGGAACAGACAGUCCGCACUUAACACGAACACACCAAGACCAGAUUGUUCAGUUGACAUUUUGGGUUAAGUUCUGCAGGAUUGGCUUGAAUCCUUCUCAGUAACUUUUGUACACUGAUGUCUUUACAGCAUACAUAGAGACAUACCAUGAAAGAUCUCCAAAGACUCCUGAAAUUAGCUUCAAAAGCAUGUAUCAUUUUCUGUGACGUCCAACAACGUGCUUUGUACAUUAACCUGACUGCAGCCUAGCCUGCACAUUUACCAGUUCUGUGCAACUUGUCACACCAUCACCACAAAACUCUGCAGAAUGGAGAAAAGGCUUUUAACACUUGAAAUAUGCCUCUGAAGUACAGAUGUAAUUAAAUUAAAUAUUUAACUCCAUGUUGAGAGCUGUAGUAAACCCAUUCCUGCUGCGUGUCAGUCUGUGAGCUGUGGUGUGGAGGCUCUGCUAGGAUCAGAGGAAUGCAGGGACCCACCCUCCUGUCGUUAACUGACAGACUGCAGUUGAUGUGGCUUCUUCCACCAAGCCUCUCCCCCAUAGCUAAACCCCUCCCCACCCUAUCCCAGCCCUCACCCUCAUCAAGGCCCAGACUCUCCCCCACCACUAACCCCCUCAACAAGCCCAGCUCUGUCAUUUGGACUGCCAACCAGAUGGGCAGAGGGCUGGAUCUCUGAUUUGGACCAGACUCCAGUCACUAAAAUGUACAGUCAACUCCUAUUUUUAAGAAUCACAUCCAUGUCUUCAUUUCUGUCUGCAACGUUUUGACCCUAAUUCCAAACCUCUCUGUAAAUGGCAAUCAAAUACUUUUAAAGGGGGAGUGAACUAGUGCACGCUUUGAAGAGGAGGGCAGAAUCUGGUAGCAGUCCCAGGUGAGGUAAAAUCCUUUCCUGUGACAUCACUUCCAGGUGGUGGAGAAGACCAAUCCAACGGAGGCGGUGGGCGUGGUCUGUAAGGUGGACGGAUGUUACCAGGUGGUAGAAUACAGCGAGAUCUCCUUGGCUACGGCUGAGGAGCGCAGCGCGGACGGGCGGUUGAUGUUCAACGCUGGAAACGUAGCCAAUCACUUCUUCACACUACCCUUCCUCAGGGACGUCGUCCAGUGAGUCUCACACACACACAAACAUGCAUACACACACAUUUAACACAGCUACAGUGAGGGAAAAAAGUAUUUGAUCCCCUGCUGAUUUUGUACGUUUGCCCACUGUCUAUAAUUUUAAUGGGAGGUUUAUUUGAACAGUGAGAGACAGGAUAACAACAAAACAAUCCAGAAAAAUGCAUGUCAAAAAUGUUAUAAAUUAAUUUUCAUUUUAAUGAGGGAAAUAAGUAUUUGACCCCCUCUCAAUCAGAAAGAUUUCUGGCUCCCAGGUGUCUUUUAUACAGGUAAUGAGCUGAGAUUAGGAGCACACUCUUAAAGGGAGUGCUCCUAAUCUCAGUUUUCUACCUGUAUAAAAGACACCUGUCCACAGAAGCAAUCAAUCAAUCAGAUUCCAAACUCUCCACCAUGGCCAAGACCAAAGAGCUCUCCAAGGAUGUCAGACACAAGAUUGUAGACCUACACAAGGCUGGAAUGGGCUACAAGACCAUCGCCAAGCAGCUUGGUGAGAAGGUGACAACAGUUGAUGCGAUUAUUCGCAAAUGGAAGAAACACAAAAGACCUGUCAAUCUCCCUCGGCCUGGGGCUCCAUGCAAGAUCUCACCUAGUCGAGUUGCAUUGAUCAUGAGAACGGUGAGGAAUCAGCCCAGAACUACACGGGAGGAUCUUGUCAAUGUUCUCAAGGCAGCUGGGACCAUAGUCACCAAGAAAACAAUUGGUAACACACUACGCCGUGAAGGACUGAAAUCCUGCAGCGCCCGCAAGGUCCCCCUGCUCAAGAAAGCACAUAUACAGGCCCAUCUGAAGUUUGCCCAUGAACAUCUGAAUGAUUCAGAUGAGAACUGGGUGAAAGUGUUGUGGUCAGAUGAGACCAAAAUCGAGGUCUUUGGCAUCAACUCAACUCGCCGUGUUUGGAGGAGGAGGAGGAAUGCUGCCUAUGACCCCAAGAACACCAUCCCCACCGUCAAACAUGGAGGUGGAAACAUUAUGCUUUGGGGGUGUUUUUCUGCUAAGGGGACAGGACAACUUCACAGCAUCAAAGGGACAAUGGACGGGGCCAUGUACUGUCAAAUCUUGGGUGAGAACCUACUUCCCUCAGCCAGGGCAUUGAAAAGGGGUCGUGGAUGGGUAUUCCAGCAUGUCAAUGACCCAAAACACACGGCCAAGGCAACAAUGGAGUGGCUCAAGAAGAAGCACAUUAAGGUCCUGGAGUGGCCUAGCCAGUCUCCAGACCUUAAUCCCAUAGAAAAUCUGUGGAGGGAGCUGAAGGUUCGAGUUGCCAAACGUCAGCCUCGAAACCUUAAUGACUUGGAGAAGAUCGGCAAAGCGAACUGGGACAAAAUCCCUCCUGAGAUGUGUGCAAACCUGGUGGCCAACUACAAGAAACGUCUGACCUCUGUGAUUGCCAACAAGGGUUUUGCCACCAAGUACUAAGUCAUGUUUUGCAGAGGGGUCAAAUACUGAUUUCCCUCAUUAAAAUGCAAAACAAUUUAUAACAUUUUUGACAUGCGUUUUUCUGGAUUUUGUUGUUGUUAUUCUGUCUCUCACUGUUCAAAUAAACCUACCAUUAAAAUUAUAGACUGAUCUUGUCUUUGUCAGUGGGCAAACGUACAAAAUCAGCAGGGGAUCAAAUACUUUUUCCCCUCACUGUAAACACACCACGCACACACAGCCACGCACACAGCCACACAUACCUCCAUACAAUAAGUGAGUUAUUACAUGAUGAAUGUGUAACCCCCAUUUUAAGCAGGUAUUUGAGGUCAUUACAUGGCUAGUGAGAACCUCAUAACUUGAGAGAGAAGUAGUGGCUUUGGCCCUCUCUGGUUUCUAAUGAGCAGUGUCUGUAAGCUGAUAAAUGGCUGGAAACAUCGCAGUGACUUUUAAUGAAUACCCAGAAUCUAAGGUGAGGGAAAUGAAAGGAGGAAAAAGCUGCAGUUAGUUUUCUAUGUCUGGACUUUGGUAUUUUAAAUACAUGAUGUCUUUGCCAGUGUUUUUCUUUCUCUUCAUUGUUUAACAGUUAUAACUAAGAGCAUGUUUCAGAUUUCCUGAUCUCCCUUGUCUGUCUCUGUCUGUCUUUUAACUCUAUCCCCUUCUCUCUGUCACUCCUCUCUCUCUUUCUCUCCCACCCCCUUUCUCUCUCCCUUUCCACCUCUCUCUCUCUCCCCCUUCCUCUUUCUCUCUCACUCUCGCUCAGGACAUUCGAGCCUCAGCUGCAGCAUCACGUGGCCCAGAAGAAAAUCCCGUACGUGGACAUGCAGGGAAGGCUAAUCAAACCUGACAAACCGAACGGGAUUAAAAUGGAAAAAUUUGUCUUUGACAUCUUCCAGUUUUCCAAGUGAGUGCUGUGAUUUUCCAGCUGGCUUUAGCGUGUGUGUUUCAUGGCUGUGUUUCUGAAAUUACUGCCUUCAAUUCGACUGCCCAACCCUGGAGGUGAGGGCAAGGAGAGGCAGGAGAGGAGAAGAGAAAAGGCAGCAGGAAUCAGGGUUCUCCCUCCACACAGCCAGGCUUCCGUUAGUAAGACCCAGGUCCUGACACCCAGAUCUCUGGAGCCCCAACCCCAGCAUCCAGCCACAUGGCAUGUUCCAACACCCCAGACCCCUAGCCGGAACCCCAGCUCCAGAGCCACUGUCCCAGAGCCAGGCAGCCCGGCCCGGCCCAGCCCUCCUCAUAAUAAAAAUAAAAAGCCAUCUAGCAGAUGCUUUUAUCCAAAGCGACUUACAGUCAUGUGUGCAUACAUUUUUACGUAUGGAUGGUCCAGGGGAUCGAACCCACUACCCUGGCGUUACAAGCGCCAUGCUCUACCAAUUGAGCUACAGAGGACCACAUCCUCUUAGCCUCAUCCUCUUCCUCCUGCUGCUGGGGCUUGAAGAGGCAGGUUUUACCAGCUGUUCCAGCCUCCUCUAACUCCCUCUCUCUCUCUCCCUCCCUCCAGCGGUUUAAUCAUCAUGACAUCAUCUCUGAGUCAUGUUGCUGCUUUUAGAACUUUACAUGGAGUCAAAGGAUUCUUCUCAUUGCCAUGAGAUGAGGAUGCUGUUCUAUGUGGCUCUAUUCUACAACCCUACACAAUUAUCACUCUCAGGUUGUUUAAAACUGGAAUGGGAUGAUAAGUGUGUUUUGUUGUGGGUUACCUUGAAAAAGCUAUCACUAAAGAUGUAUUCUCACAAUGUGUGUGUGUCGCAGGACCUUUGUGGUGUACGAGGUUCUUCGUGAAGACGAGUUCUCUCCCCUGAAGAACGCUGACAGCCAGGACGGUAAAGACACGCCCACCACGACGAAACACGCCCUCAUGUCCCUGCAUCACCGCUGGGUCCUCAAUGCUGGAGGACACUUCAUAGACGAGAACGGAACGCGUGUGCCCGCAAUACCCAGGUGAGACACACACACCAAACAUACACAGUGAGUGUACGUUCUAUUUACCUCUCCACCUGUUGACACGUUCAUCACCAUAUAGUCUCCCUGUCACAGCUUUUUUACAGUCACACGUUUUCUCACAGCACCCCCUCACAGUUCCUCUUAACCCUGUGUGUCCUGUGUAAUGUUUUAAUGUUUCCAGAGACGGACCUGCAGGAAGUGGCACAGCUGAUGUCAACCAGAAGUAACUAUUCUCUGUGCUACUGACCUGAGUUACUGCAUGGUGACGGGGCUUUGGCUUUCACACACUUUCUCAGUCGCUCACUGUAACCAACUGUCACACACACAAACACCCAGGCUGUCUCAAUUCUCUACAGUUGCUUCUUCUCCUUGUUACCUGUCAUCUGCUUUCACCUGGUCAGUUUAUUCUGAUCAGUGUGGGUGAAGGGAAGGAGACGAGGAGAGAAAAGGACUCGAGUGUUGAAAUGCAGCCUGGAGUUUAGCUGUGCUAGGGCCCAGGUCAAAGGGCAAUGUCACAUGAUCACCUGUCCUGUGCAGGUGGGGGCAGAGGUACCUGGCCUGCCCACUGACUUGGUCCCUGUUCCAAUAGUCUUCAUAUGCAUGCUUCCUUCACCUCUUUCUUUAGUCAAUCACUGGUCUGCACGUGAUUAAAUAAUUGUAUGCCAGUUUACCACCCGGUUGCUAUCACCUAUCAAACCUUGCUAGAUCAGUGAUUACCUCAAGGAAGAAAGGAAGGAUGCAUAAGAUAUUGGAGCAGGGCCUAGUGCUAACUGGGACAGUAGGUACUAACCCACGGAAUGUGGAGCAUGCUGGGUAAUGGGCACUGGGCACGCUUUGCGAUCGAUGAUGUGACUGAUGAUGUCGCUGUGUUAAUCUGUCUGUCUGAUGGUGAAGGGGAGAUGGGGAGACGAUGAGUGGCCAUUUCAGAUCUGAUGUUGGUCAGUUACCUGUGAUUGUGACGACAACACCAAAAACAUUUAAAUCCUCUUUAUUGUUCAAGGAUGAUUCAACACCAUUUAUAAUAUUUAUAACAUUCAUAAAUGUUCAUAAAUGCGACUUAGUGGUGUCAUUAGAUUGUAAUAAGGUGUAGUGGCUCUUUCUGUGUGAUGUAUGCUCUCUCCCAAUCAAUAGAGAGACUUCAUUCACUUCCACUUUUGACAUUUCAAACUUGUGCUGACUUAGUCUUCCUGGACCUAGAAUAAGCCUACUCCUGGACUAAAUGGAAUCUCAGUUGAAAGUGCUUUUUAGUCCAGGAAUUGGCUUAAUUUUUGUCCCGGAAACAGGUCUAUGAGUCUGUGGAACUGCUGAUGUUGACGCUUUAAUGCUCCAAAUGUUUAAUCAUCUAAGAACAGCUGGAGCAGAGAAUCACACAUCCAGCUGCUUCUUCUCUUUUUUCCCUCCGUGCGCAAGAGAGAACCAACUUAGCCUCUCCUCCUCCCUUCUUCCGACUCCUUCUCUUUUCCCCACAGCCUGAAGGAUGGAACAGACCUGCCAAUCAAAUGUGAGAUCUCCCCACUGGUGUCCUAUGGAGGGGAGGUAAGGGGGAGGGACUUAACAGUAGGGCCCUGUUCAAAUAGAAAUAAAUAUAAAAACAAGUGUUUCCCAUUAUAGUUAUUACAUUCAGUUUUACAAGCAUUGAUGAUAUCAUAUCCUGAUGAUGUCACUUCCUGUUGUUGCAGGGGCUGGAGGGGCUGGUGAGGGGUCAAGAGUUCCGCCCCACCCUGGUCAUCGACGAGAGUGGAGUCCACGAACUGGUGAAGAAUGGAGUGUGAGGGACAGAAGGAUGGAGAGGGAGAGAAUGAAAGGGUGGGAGUGAGCAAAAAAGAGAGAUGAGCCAAAGACCUAUUCCACUCCUCCCCCCGUUUCAGUGCAAUAAUGCUGUGUUCAUGCACUCUUGGAAAUAAUCUGAAACACAGGUUUCCGACAUCCAAAAACGUUUAAUGUGAACUUCCAAAUUGGAAUUAUAAAACCUGGGAACCUGUGCUAUAAUUCAGUACCACGAGAUCCAACCCCCAAGUGGAAUGUUUUUUCAGAUUUUUCCGAGGAGCACAUGGCCGCAGCAUAAGAUGAAGGACAGAAGCCUUGCGUUGCGGGGCUGGAUGAAGCAGUCAGAAGAUCAAGUUAUUUAUUUUGCUUAUAAGACGUAUUUUUAUAUGGAUGGAUGUCUUGUAGAGGGAAAUGACCCCCUAUGCAUUUUACCAAGUGAUUUGUACACACAGAUACAAAUAGAGAGGAGUACAACGAUUGUAAUCAGAUGAUCCUAAUGUGAUUGAUUAUUAACAUGUAAUGUAGGUACAUGGGAAGGGUUUUAUUUAUAAUUACUAUGUAGUAUAGCACACUACUGCUAGUCUUUUGCCUGAUUGUCUUCAAAAUGACCCUGUUGAGCUAUAUGACAUAGGAAUUGUUUUCCAUUUUCUUUAUUAAAGAAAUGUCCAAUUUGGAACAGGUAUGAGUUCUUUGAUUAAACUCAAGGUUAGCGUGGUGUGUAUGUCUCUAUGCGGCGUGGAUUUGUGUGUGCGAGCAAGCUCUGUGGUUAUGAGUGUGUGUUGAUUUGUCUAUCUCUGUUUGUGUGUGUACGGCUGUGUGUGUGUGAUGGGUGUUUUUUGCAUUAGAAGUCCUGGUGUGUUGAAUCAGAGAUUCCAGCAGCAGCACAUGGUUUGUGUUUAAGAUGGGCAGAGAGAGCAUGAUACACUCACUGCUGCAGCCACUCAGAAAUUAUAGUCUGUGGCUCCUAACCAUCUCUCUGUCUGUUUGUCUGUCUCAGUCUCGCACACACUUACUCUCACUUUCUCCUUUUUUCUUCCUCUCUCAUCUCCUCUUUUCUCUCUUUCACUAUCUCUCACUCCCGCUACAGUAUCUCCGACAGAAGGUAUUGAUUGCAGUGAUAGAGAGAAAUGCGUAGGUAACACUUUUAUAAGGUGUACCUCAAUGUAAAUGUUGAGUUGACUGUGGUAAAUAACGUUGAUGUCUAUUCUAGUCGGUUAUAUUCCUUCAGCCAGGUAUGAAACAUGACCAUGUGCAUAGAUAGCUUUAGCAGGCUGGACUGGCCUUGACUGGACUGGACUACUGUAGCAUAUGCUUUCCUCAUUAAGCCACACCAUGCUUUUCCACCAUGAAGGAAAUGAAACAUUUAAAGGAGAAUUCCACCCCGUGAUCAUUAUUUGAUCAGUUGAUCCUUACCUUCUCAAUCCUCCCUAUCCCUUUUAUUUCCUGAGUCUGGCCAAACGUUUUGGUCUACAUCAGCAACGGAAUACUGGCGGUGAUGAUGUCAUCAGGAGGUGACUGUCUCCUAACUCUUCACUAAGGUGAGCUCAUUCUGUGGACUGAGUAUAAUGUUUAGGCUAAAAAGGGCUUCAUUAAUUGUUAUAAGUUAUUAUCUUAGUAACAGUACUGUUGUCUAGCUUGCCAUUCUAAAUAAUGUAAAUUAAACUAAUUCCAGUACAGUUGUAAGUGUACUAACAGUGUAAAAACACUACUUAAGUGCAUUGCCAAUGUCAUAUCUAUGGUCACUAUAAAAGGUU